AUGACCGAGUCAAAGCAGGAGCAAAUCGACAGGCGCCAGGCCAACUUACCGCUGCCGGAGCAGCCACCCGUCGCUUCGGACUGGCAGUCGGCCGACGCGAGAAACGUCAACGUCGGCUCGGGCAGGAUCGCGUCCGACAUUUCGACGGGGGAUGCAUCGUCCACGGGACUGCGUGAGCCGGCCACCGUCGGCGCAGGCGCCGACAUGAGCGGGAUCGGAAGGCAGGGGAAGGAGGGUUUGUCGGAGCCGCCUAAGGAUGCGGCUAAGUAG